GCAGCGCACAACACUUCGUCGCGUCGUUGCCAUUGUAUCAUUCACAUCCAUACUUGCAUACAACGAAGACAGCAUCCACCAUGAGCGCAGAUGCUCCAAGCACGCCAGCGGCUGUAAAGACCGAAGAUGCCGGCCCGGCGUCGACAGCUUCGCCAGAAAAGCCAAAAGAACGAAAACGACGACUUGGCGUUGACCCGAGUCUGAUCCUCAGUGAAGGAAGGAGCAAGCGUCGGCGCACACCCACACCCGAACCAGUCGUCAACAAGAACGGCAUGGACCCCAAAGACCCAGAGCGUGCAAAGGCUCUCGGAUUGGCCCUCUACUACAAGAUCAUGGCCAUGAAGGACUCGGACGGAGAUCAACUCGCGCAACCAUUCAUCAAGCUCCCCAACAAGCGCCAGUUCCCAGACUACUACGAGACGAUCAAGCAUCCUUUCUCGCUCGAGCAGGUCAAAGACAAGCUCGACGCGUCCAAGUAUGACACGCUCCGCGACGUGUGUCAUGACCUCGGUCAGAUCUGGAACAACGCCAAGCGAUACAACAUCAAGGACUCGACACUCUUCCAGUGGGCCAAGAAGCUGCAUAAAGUUACGCGCACGUUCUACAGCCGUGAGACCUCGCAGCAGGAGGACACCGACUCGGAGGACGAUGACGCGCCAACAAGUCGAGGUAUCACGGCAGAUGCCGCCUCUCCGGCGCCGGCGACCGCUGGCCCUUCGACACCUGCAGAGGACGGCAGCGGACGAACCGGCAAGAAGCGCGGCAGCUACAUGAAGGACGGACCCACAGUGUACAAAUUGAUCAAGCCGUGUAUGAGAGCUAUCAAGGAGGCCAAGGCAAAUGAUGGUUCGGAUCGCGAAAUCGCCACCAUCUUCCUCACAUUGCCGGACCGCCGCGAAUUCCCAGACUACUACAAGCGCAUCAAGCACCCGUUGUCGCUCGGCGAGAUUGAGCAGCGCAUGGUCGCGCGCCGGUACGACAACGCGGACCAGUUCUUCCAGGAGGUCGAGCAAAUGGCCAACAACGCCUUGAACUACAACGAGGAGCACAGCGAAGUCUGGCGCGACGCACGCCAGGUAAUCGAGAUCGUCCAGAUCCACCGCGGUCUGGUUCGCGAGCGUCUUGCCCAGCCACUGCAGAAGGGCCAGCCGGUAUCCAAGCCGAGACAGUCGGGAGUGGGCGCACCUGUGCGCAUGCACGGCGUGCCAUCGCCGUCACCACACACGCCUCACGCUCAGAUCCCGCAGCUCCAGCAACACCCUAUGCUCGUCACGCCCGAUAUGGCGCGCAUCGCCGCGAUGCAGCAGGCCCAGGCGUACGCGAUGUACAGCUCGCCCGGGACCCCGGGGCAGCUCACACCACAGCAGCUGGUUCAGGGAUUGCCGCACCCCCAGCAAUCGUACCUCCCCCAGUUGCCUCAGGGUGUCGUGACGGAGGAGGUGGUCGCCUCGCUCGGUCGCUACCCCCAGCCCGAGCAGCAGGCUUGGGUUGCCUCGCUGCCGCCGCUCGCUUUGGCAAUCUAUCGACAGAUGGUGGCCGUGAACGAGGCGCGAAAGCGUGGCGUCGCUCCCCCGCCUGUUGCGCCCCUGCUCGCCGACUCGCCCGCCGGCGCCCGGCCGCCAAGUGCGCUGCAGGAGCCCGAGGUGCCGCAGGACCCCACAAUCAAGCACAUCGACCUUGGCUUUGGCGUCGCGCCAGAACCCAACGGGUCGCGCAAGGCCAUCAGGCUGCAAAACUACCGCGGCGUGUUUGUCCACGUCGUUCUCGUUGGCGCGAACACGACCGAGCUCGAGGUCACAGCGCACGUGGAGAAGAACGAAGACGACGAGGCAAAGCCAGCACCCGAGGUUGCCCUCCGACUCAACGGCCAAGCCGCACCACCACCGACCCAGCUUCACACCGACGGGGAGAACCGCUCACCAGCGCUGCGCUGGACUGUGACAGUACCCCUUACGCGCGUCGAGGCGAAGAUUGAGCUUGUCGCGUCCCGGCCGGGUUCCAAGGCCGAGACGAGCGCCAUCCUGGUCAACCGCCAGUUCUAGGGCAUAUACAUGUGCAUGUCGGUAUGGGGUCUACGGUAUAGCUUGCGGCUUGGAGCGCUGCUGGGGGGUCAGAAGAUAGACUUGUUGUGAAGGGCAGGCUUGCAACCUACGAUAUAGUAUGCAAAACAAAUACAA